AUGUCCAAUAUACUAGAGAAGUCUUUAGACGACAUUAUAGGAGAGAACAGGUCUAAGAGACGAUCUGCUGCCCCACCUCGGAAAAGAGGUGGAAGAGGUGGAUCAUUUUCAUCUAGAGCAUCGUCGCUGCAUUAUCGAUCUUCCUCGUAUGAUAGACAUCCAUAUCGAAGACCACCGCCAGAUUCGUCUCGUCAAGAGGCUGAUGUUUAUAUUCCACGCUCAUCUUCAUCAUCUUCGAAUAUUCCACGUGAUGUUCUUCAAUUGGCCGGUGGUAGACCAACCUUGAGACUUCGAAACAUUCAUCCCGAGCUCAAUGGUCAGGAUUUGAACAAUUUAUUCAGCACAAUCAACGAUGUUGAUUUCAUCAAGUUUGAUGAUGAAAAUGAUACUAUUGCUUACAUUUGUUUCCAAAAUGACUGUGAACGAUCCAAUACGGAAGCGAUCGCGAAGUAUGAUGGUAAGAAGGCUAUGGGCCAGAUCUUGGGCGUAGAGAAUGCAAAUGUCGUGAGCUUGGCAGAAAGAAUUACUUUAGCACCAAUUAGCGAACGAAUUCGUGCCAGAUCUAGAUCACCUCCACCAAGAAGAGAUGGAAGAGGAGGAAGAGGAGGAAGAGAUGGAAGAGGAAUAGCGAGAGAAGACAGAGGUGGUCCAAGAGGAGCCAGGGGAAACAGAAGUGGAAGAGGUGGAAGAGGUCCAAGGGGUCCAAGAAGUGGUAACAGAGGCGACAGUAACAUUGGUGCCUCGAAAAAAACCGCAGAAGACUUGGACAAGGAGUUGAAUGAUUAUAUGGGUGUCAACAAUGGAGAAGAAUCUAAUGGUGGAAAGAACACAGAACGUAAUGGAAAUGCUGAGGGUAGAGAAAGCAAUGGUCAAAACCAAGAUGGGAUGACUUUGGAUUAG